CACUACUGGGCCGGCGACAACGCCUGGUACCUCGGGCGCGUGCUCUCGCGCGCCGCCGCGCCGGAUCCGGCCGCCUUCCGCGCGCUCGAGACGCCGGCCGCGCGCAGGUUCGACGAGGCGACGCAGCUCCACGCCGUGCUCUACGACGACGGCGAGAUCCACGAGGUCGACAUGCUGAGCGGCCACGAGCUGCUCAUGAUCGCCUACGACUGCUACGUCGUCAAGCUCAGCGGCCACGCGGCGUGGCCGGCCAUGGAGUGGGUCUGCUGCGAGGCGCUGGAGCGCGCGGGCACGAUGAAGAUGUGGAACGGCAAGCCCGACUCGAAGAUGAUGAUCAUCUUCUUCGGCACGGAGGAGCAGGCCGUCGUGCCGCGGCCCGACGACAGCUCCGAGGCCGGCUCCGAGUGCGGCUGGGCCGCGCCGCCCGCGAAAAAAAAGGGCAAGAAGCGCGACCACCGGUCCGCGCCGUCCGUCGCGCGCUACGAGGUCGGCGGCGCGAACCACGCCGGCAUCCAGACCGUGCUGGGCACGCGCGGCAAGAAGGCGAACGAGCUCCUCGCGGCUCUGCGCGAGGCGGACUUCGAGGUCGCCGAGUACGAGAAGCAGCGCGCGCUCUGGCGCCGCGACCGGGCCCUGCCCGCCGACGUCAUGAUCCACCGCACGUCCGGCGAGGCCGGCGGCGCCGUCGACGUCGCCGCGGUCGCCGCGGCGCCGCAG